ACAACAGAAAAACCAACUGAUACAACCACAACUACCAAAAUAACAACAACAGAAAAACCAACUGAUACAACCACAACUACCAAAAUAACAACGACAGCUAAACCUACAACUACAGAAAAACCAACUGAGUCAACGACAGUAACAACAACAGUAAAUACAACAAAAUCUACGAAAAGACCAAGAACAACAACAUCCACACAGAAACCCACUACGACAACUACAAUAACAACGACAUCAAAAUCCACAACUACAGAAAAACCAACUGAUACAACCACAACUACCAAAAUAACAACGACAGCUAAACCUACAACUACAGAAAAACCAACUGAUACAACCACAACUACCAAAAUAAGAACAACAGAAAAACCAACUGAUACAACCACAACUACGAAAAUAACAACGACAGCUAAACCUACAACUACAGAAAAACCAACUGACACAACCACGACUACCAAAAUAACAACAACAGAAAAACCAACUGAUACAACCACAACUACGAAAAUAACAACGACAGCUAAACCUACAACUACAGAAAAACCAACUGACACAACCACGACUACCAAAAUAACAACAACAGAAAAACCAACUGAUACAACCACAACUACGAAAAUAACAACGACAGCUAAACCUACAACUACAGAAAAACCAACUGACACAACCACGACUACCAAAAUAACAACAACAGAAAAACCAACUGAUACAACCACAACUACCAAAAUAACAACGACAGCUAAACCUACAACUACAGAAAAACCAACUGAUACAACCACAACUACCAAAAUAACAACGACAGCUAAACCUACAACUACAGAAAAACCAACUGUUACAACCACAACUACCAAAAUAACAACGACAGCUACACCUAUAACUACAGAAAAACCAACUGAUACAACCACAACUACCAAAGUAACAACAACAGAAAAACCAACUGAUACAUCCACAACUACCAAAAUAACAACGACAGCUAAGCCUACAACUACAGAAAAACCAACUGAUACAACCACAACUACCAAAAUAACAACGACAGCUAAAUCUACAACUACAGAAAAACCAAUUGGUACAACCACAACUACCAAAAUAACAACGACAGCUAAACCUACAACUACAGAAAAACCAACUGAUACAACCACAACUACCAAAAUAACAACAACAGAAAAACCUACAACAACAGAAAAACCAACUGAUACAACCACAACUACCAAAAUAACAACAACAGAAAAACCAACUGAUACAACCAAAACUACGAAAAUAACAACGACAGCUAAACCUACAACUACAGAAAAACCAACUGAUACAACCACAACUACCAAAAUAACAACAACAGAAAAACCAACUGAUACAACCACAACUACCA